AUGGAGUUAGGUCAAAUUAUUGCGGGAAUUAAUUGUUGCCACGUGGCUAUUUUUUUAGCGGUUUUGCUUUUUCUAGUAGUGUUGGCCGCUUUCGGUUAUUCUUUUCAUCUCGAAAAAGGCUUUCUUAAGCUCAAAAAAGAAGUCCGGGAAAUCGAAGUUAUUAACGGCAAAGAACGGCAAGCUAUUGCUCUUUUGCAAACCCAAGUAGCCCGAUUACAGGAGCAAUUACUAAGUAAGAAAAAUCGUAAGACCCGCAACUUAACUUUGAAAAAAGUAGCCACGGAUACUUGUCUGCCUCUUUAUCAACUGCAAGAACUAGUAAUAGGAAAAAGAGAUAUCGAUACUGACAUUGCUGCUCGACUAGAUCGUCAAGAAGCGGUAGUAAAAAAAAUGAUUCGUCCUUACCAAGAAACUAAACAACAUGGCCGAACGAAAACAGUUCAAAGAUAA